UUUGCAAGGACGAAAAGCCACUAACAGCUUUGAAAUUUUAGUUUUUUGUGUGGGCGAAUACUCCUGCAGGAGGAGAGCAAAGUUCACAAUGUCCGCAGCGGCAAAAAUAACCUUUUUGUCCGCGUGUGUCGCUAGCGGAGGACUGAUUGCGUACGUGCACUACAGCCAGGCAGCUGACCGAGAACGACUGCACGAAGGAGUGCGCCGAGACGUUGAACGACAACGGUUGAAACAGCUUUCCUCCACUGCAGCCAAAGACACACCAGUCGACGGCGGGUCUGUGAUAAAAAUGAACGAACAUUUGUAAAUCCAGUGCUAUAUACAGAAUUUGCUUUGAGACAUUAUUGUUGCGUGGUGUUUCUGUUAUAGUGUGAUUUGUAGUGAAUAAAUCAUGUAGACGUUUGA